UGACCAGCUACAUAAUUUUGGCAGGCACCUUCCAGUGGUACACACUCCACAGCCACACGCGAGCAUGGCUUAUCAUCCCUAAGCGAGCCAUAACUUGACGCAAUUUUUGACACACAAACAUUUUACAUGAAACCUUCACAGUAAAUAUUCCUUUUCACUGUUAUUGCAUUGUCCUCCUUCCUUUGGGAAUUGUCGUAAUAACUCGUGAAAUAUUUAAGUGUGUCGUGUUUCUGUUUCUCUGUGUCUCUUCUCCGUCAGUAUGAGUGGAAGUAUCGAUUUUCCAGAAUACCUCGACGUAGGUUUGUCCACAACGAGGAGACCGUCAGAAGAAAACUCACGUCGACGAGACAGCAGAGCUAAUUCCGUCCAGAGCAAUGAUGGAGGAGGCGACUGUGAAAGCAACAGGAACAAUGUCCUAGACCGGAAGUUGUCCUCUGCUCCCAGAAGAAGUAGUACGGUCAGUAUUACCAAGAAUAUUAAUAGCGCUGGUGGAGAGAGUACUAUGAUGGCGGCACGGAGUAGUAUCGCCUCGUUGAAAAAUACGCUCGAAAAAUCGCUCGGGUUUUCUAAUCGGGAUGAAUUUCUCGUCCCUGGAGAGGAAGUUGACCCUGGAGAUGACGCUCUUGUAGUGGAAGUGGUGGUAGCAAAUCAGGGGAAAAACCCAGACGACCACAGACUUAGCGACUAUUUGCGCCCAGGUUUAAGUAAGUCUGACUCUUCUCUGCAUUCCAUCGAGUCCAUCGCGUCAUCCUGGGCAACGUCUCAGUCAUCCAUAAACGACGAGAAGGUAACAACAGAAAAGAAAGACGUGGACGAUUCGGACGAUAGUGACGAACCGAAUGCGACCGGGUGUCGAAAAUAUAUCGGUCUCACACUCACCCUCCUUUCCGGCCUGCUCUAUUCUUUAGCUGCACUGCUUGCCAAACUUCUUAAGGACGAUUAUCAUCCCUUCAUGAUUUCCAUUUGGCGUUUUCAAGGCGUUUUUGCCCCUUCCAUCCUCCUCGUCCUUUACAGAGUCGUGCUCAUGAAACAGCCCGACUUCAAACCUGUCUGGCCGUUGAAGACGCGUGAAAAAGUGAUUGCUUUCACGGUGUUGAUGCUCCGUGGUAUUCUGGGCUGUUGGAGCGUCAUCCUGCAAUUCUACUCCCUUUUAUACUUGGAAGUUGCUGAUUCAAUGGUCAUAACAUCUUCGACGAGCGUCUUCGUCACUUUAUUGGCGCAUUGCUUCAUUGGCGAAAAAUGUGCAAUCGUCCCCAUAAUUACUGCCUUGCUGACGAUGGCGGGCGUCGUUGUGAUUUCACGACCGCCCAUGCUCACAGGAAAGGAGAGUUUCGAUACGGACAUUUUGAUUGGGGUCUGUAUGGCAUUGGGGUGCAUGAUCCUUGCCGCAGCGAUUCUCGUGAUUCAACGCUACUUGAGGAAUUCUCACUUUUCGUUAAUAUCACUCUCCUCCGGGGUCUGGGGGACGUUGCAGUGCGUCAUUUUUGCCUUUGCCAUUGGCGUCUUUAAACUGCCCCAAAAUGCGACGGACGCCAUGUACGGCGUGGCCUUGGCAGUGAUAACCUUCUUCGCGCAGUCAUUUAUCAUCAUCGCGCUUAAGUUUGAGCAGGCCGGGCCUGUCGCGGUGGUGCAGAGUUGUGAUGUCAUUUUCGCGUUUCUCUGGCAGUUUGCGUUCCUCGGAGUUGUCCCGGACUAUUUUAGGUCAGCAAAAUUUUAUAAUAGGACAAAAAAGGCAAAUUUUAUCAAAAUUAUGUUUUUUAGUUUGAUCGGAUCCAUGAUAAUUAUUGCUGGAUUGCUGCUCACCGCUUUCCGGAAGUGUCUCACCGUUCUACCGGAAGAUCACAGGUCGCGAAGGCGUUUCCGGUUUUUGCUAAUGUGAAUCAUUUCGCUUUAAUUUGUGCGAAAUAUUUCAGAGAAAUCUUGUAUAAUUUGAAGUUUAUUUAUAUAUGUAAAAUAAUUUAUAUCAUUCUUGAUACUUGUGUAUUAUUUGAUUAUUUAAUUACAUUUUGACAUGGAUUUUGUUUAGCUAGUCUAUCUUUCAUUUGUACCACUUCCUCAGCGUAUUUGACGUUCUAUUUUGUAUGCAAUUGUUACACGAAUAAAUCAAUGCUCAAUCCUUGCUCAA